AUGCCAUUUCUUCGUGCAAUUUCAGCCAUGGAUGUUGCCAUGCUAAGCACGUUAGAAAGAAUUGGGCACGAUUUACUUGGAGAGGAUGCAGUGGCUGCCUGCACUCUCCUUCAACAGCUUCCUCACAUCUCAUGUUUUAAGGAAAAGUGUAAGGAAAAUGGGGAUCUUUUACCCAAGGAGAACCGGGCUGCAAAUAAGAAUUUGAAGGUUAAUAAAGCUUCAGAAGUAAGAAAUGGAGGUGGGAAGAGAGGGAGGAAGCUAUACAGAGGAGUGAGGCAGCGGCGUUGGGGGAAAUUUGCAGCAGAAAUAAGAGACCCUGCAAAAGGGCGGCGCGUUUGGCUGGGCACUUUCUCUACAGCGGAAGCUGCUGCUGUGGCAUAUGAUCGUGCUGCCUUGAAAAUUCGUGGAGCCAAAGCUUUGCUCAACUUUCCCCUCAACGUGAGUUCUUCUUCCUGUGAGAUCAAUUGUUGA